ACUAAAUGUUAGUGUCCCCUGUUUCCUGUCGGAUCUUUCCUCUGAGUAACACUUCAAAAUGGCGGAGCGGGAAGAAGCGGUGAGGGGUUUCGUCGCAGUAACUGAUGUUGAUGAAGAAAGAGCUCGUUUCUUUCUUGAGUCAGCCGGAUGGGACCUACAGCUCGCUCUAGCUAAUUUCUUUGAAGAUGGAGGAGAUGAUGAUAUUGCCACCAUCCCUCAGCCAGAGCUGGGCUCUGUAUCACGGUCCACAGGACCAAGUGAACACAGAGUGACGUCGAUGAGAGAUCUGAUGCAUGCAGAUGAAGAUGACAGCGGUGAAGAGGAAGGGCAGAGGUUUUUUGCUGGGGGGUCAGAACGCAGUGGGCAACAGAUUGUUGGUCCUCCCAAAAAGAAGAGCCCAAAUGAGCUGGUUGAGGACUUGUUUAAGGGUGCCAAGGAGCAUGGGGCCGUCCCUGUUGACAAACCUGGCAAAGGACCUGGAGAAUCUAGCAAGUCUAGGCCUUUUAUUGGCGGUGGCUAUCGAUUGGGUGCGGCACCAGAGGAGCAGUCAGCUUAUGUGGUGGGAGACAGAAGACAGUCCAGCAGUUCACAAGAUGUAAAUGUUGUGCUGAAGCUGUGGAAAAGUGGUUUUAGUCUUGAUGAUGGAGAGCUUAGGAACUACACUGAUCCUGCAAACGCCCUCUUCCUGGAGUCUAUCCGCAGAGGUGAGAUUCCUCUGGAAUUAAGACAGCGUUUCCGAGGUGGUCAGGUUAACCUGGACAUGGAGGACCAUCGGGAUGAAGACUUUUCCAAACCCAAACAUGUAUUUAAAGCCUUUACUGGAGAAGGACAGAAACUCGGCAGUGCAACUCCAGAGUUGGUGUCACUCCCGCAUGAGCAGGCUGCUACUGAAGCUGAGGCAAGUGCUUCCAUAAGCGUGGACAGCUCCCAACCGGUUACCAGUAUCCAGAUCAGACUGGCCGAUGGAGGCCGACUGGUACAGAAGUUCAACCACACCCACAGUGUGUCUGAUGUGCGUCAGUUUGUGGCAAAUGCUCGCCCGGCUUUAGCCGCCACAGAGUUCGUUCUUAUGACGACCUUCCCCAACAAGGAGCUGACGGAUGAGAGCCAAACGCUGAAGGAAGCCAACCUGCUGAAUGCUGUCAUUGUGCAGCGGCUGAAGUGAUGGCGCCAUCUGAUGGCUGGGCUUUAUAAAAGCCCUCUGGAGAUAUCUGGACUGAACGGACUUCUUAUUACUUAAUUUUGUUUUCUUUAGUGAUGUUGUUCCUCUGUUGCAGUUUGAGGGGGCUGUGGGUGUUUCUGGUCGAACAAAAUCACACUGUGCUAUAGUCAAAGCGAAGAAGAAAGGAAUGAAAUGGAGAUCUAACAAAUUUUAAGGUUUUAGAAUAACAGAUUAACAUUCAGAUUGAAAUAAAGAGCUUUCUGAAGAGAUUUCACAUCCUUUACCUCAGUGUCUAUCUUGCAGCUAUAUGUCCUUUCCUUUUGGUCACCUUAUUUUUUUCCCUCACCAAAUCUAAAGUAGCCUUAUAUAUAUUUGAUCCACAGUAAAACUGACCUCCAAGAUCAACCUCAAACUUUUUUUUACCAAAUGAUCUUUAUAAGUUUUGAAGCUUUAUUUUGCUGUUUAGACUGUCACACUAUUUUCUAUUUUGUUUUGUUGUAAGUAUACAAUGGUAAAAUUAAUUCAUUGGUUAACAUAUCAGUGGCCAUCUUGUAUUCUAUGCAGCAACUGAUUAUAAAAUUGGACGUACUGCGUGAUUAUGUAGAGGUGUGGUAAACCUUAUAUUAAACCUAUUUGUCUGGCA